CAGCAAGGUUUAGAUUUCCAUCUAACUUCAUCUUUUGUGUACAGAGCUAUAGCCAGUAUUGGAAGUAUUAAACGUUAAGCCUCCAGGUUUCCAUUUAAAUUGUAUCAUUUAACUUUUUUCUAUAGCUUUUUUUUUUUUUUUUAAGAACUUGCAUUGUCAAGAAUUCAUGAUGAAGAGCCUUUGUUUUUCUCUCUUACUUGUCUCUGUUCUGUUCAUGACCAGCUUCUCAGAAGUGGAGGGAAGGAAAUGGAAAGGUGAAGGUACAACGCAAAACCUGGAAAGUAUUGUCAUUGGAAGAUGCUAUGACUAUAUUAGAAUUGUGAAUCCUGCUGUUGGUGAGAAGAAUUGCUCAGAGAUAUGGGAAGCAUUUAAAAACGCAUUUAUUAACAAGGAUCCUUGCAGCAUUCUACCUAAGGACUAUGAAUUAUUUAUCAACCUGUCAUUGCACACAAUUCCAUCUAACAAGUCUCUCUUCUGGGAAAAUAAUCAGCUGCUAGUCAAUAGCUUUGCUGGCAGAGGCCGUCGCUACAUGGCUCUGGGUGAUACUCUGUUUGGCUUCUUUGGAGAUUUUCUAAACUGGUGUGGGCAGGCAAGCAGCGCUGGACUGGACUAUGAAUCAUGCCCUACCACGGAGGAAUGUGAAAACAAUGCAGUGGAAUCUUUCUGGAGGAUGGCCUCAAUCACUUACGCACGGCACAGCUCUGGGGUGAUACAUGUCUUACUGAAUGGUUCUGCAGUCGGAGGAGCUUAUCCAGACCCAGGUUUUUUUGCAGAUUAUGAAAUACCUAAUCUCCAGAAAGACAAAAUCUCACAAAUUGUCAUCUGGGUUGUGGAUGAUAUUGAAGGACCAGAUAUAGAUUCCUGUGGAACUCAUACUGUAAAGAUACUAGAAAACAGGCUGAAAACCCUUGGUUUUGAUGUCACCUGCACUGACAAUUACAAGUCUGUUAUGUUCUUACUCUGCCUGGAUUAUCCUGAUGAUUCUAAGUGUACCCUUUCAUCAUCUGCACCAGCAGCACAAAGAGGACCUAUAUCUUCAGACAGAGGAGGCAGCUGGAACAAGCUCAUGUUUGUUUCUUUUGUGGGCUUUUUGUUCAGAUUUGCUUCAGUGUACUAAGUUAAUCAACUGAAUCCAUAUCCUCUGCUUGCCUUAGCUGGCUAUAGAUUUGGCUUUAACUAAUUUCUAACUGCAAUUUCACCCUAGUUCUGGGCCUGGGAAAC